AUGAGUGCAUUAGAGAUUGAAUAUAGUAAAAAGCUUUUUAACGAUUUCCUCACACCACUAGAGCUCGAAAGAUUUACCAUCUACUUCAUCUCUAACGGAAUGACAGAGGUAGAAGACAUCAUGUCCAUAACAGAAGACAACCUCAGAUACAUUGGAAUCACAAACGAUGAUCACAUCAAAGCCAUUCUACAAGCAGGUGAGCUACAACUAGUUUACAAAAACUUUCAGUCUCUAGAUGCUGAUGUUGAGUUGUCAACCACAGCAUCCGCAUUCAACAGCGACAAGACUAGAGAAGCAGAGUUACGAGAAUGGCUUCGCAAGGCCGACCUUGCAGUUCACUUUCACGGCUUUCUCCGACUUGGAGUAAACAGUGUAGAAGCUGCGGCAUCAUUGGAUCCUGCAGACGAGACGCUUGAUAAACUGGAAGUUUCGCUAUACGGACACCGAAUGCGGCUGCAAAGACGACUUCGCGAGCUAAAGAAAAAAAUUGAAGCAGCGAAUACUGUCCAUGAAGGACAUUGGGCCAUACCGACGACUAUGGCUGAAGAAGCAAGCAAAUUAUUCCUCUGCGUAACCGCUGUUGUGAAGUGCCCAUUAGAUCUUGAUGCAGACUCCAAGUCCCUACAAACACAACCGCUAACUUUUCUAGUGGAUACGGGAAGUGAGUGCUGUGCAUUGACCAAGGAAGUUAUUGAACAACUAAAACUUCCUCGAAAGGGAGUAACAACUGCUGUGGGAGUCAAUACGAGAGUUCUAACCGAAACCUACGAUGCUAUACUGGAGAUUGGCGAAAAGGACAUUAGAGUUAAAGUAAAGCAGUCAGUUGCAUGUUGUAGCAGCAGAGACAAACGCCGUGGGAGUAGAUUUAUUCUCAAAGUUUUCCCACGUCAUUGA